CCUGAUAUAGAACAUUUGGGCAAUGUGACUGGAACCUUUAUCACUUAUCACUGUCUAUUAUCACUUUUUAAUCCACACCCAGCAGCCAAUCAGAAUCGGGUUUUCACCCAGAUCAUGGUAUUAGCAUUUCAGACAUGAGUCUGCAUAAGAGAGGACCGGAAACCCGCAGUUCUGUCGUGGUAUGACACUAACCAGAACAAAACUGUUACAAAUGUAUUUUCACACCCAACUCCUGAAGAAAAAGAAGCAGCAGUAUUUUUUAAUAAUUCACCAGCAAUGGUAUUUUGUUUUCGUAUCAGUUCCAUAAUCUGAUUCGUGAGUCAGCUACUUCUCUAUGAAAAGAGAACAGGUUAGAGCCAGAAAGGAAUGAUAAAAUCUUAAACAACAGAACAAGCUUGAACCAAAGAACACAGCUAAACUCAAGCAAACCAAACAAAAAUGCAGAACAUUGACAUGAACUCCAGUUCACUUUGUCAAACAUUUUCACAACUGCAAAGACUUAAUGAUGACAGGCAGUUUAAUGCCUUUUUUGCAACAAGCCCUUAUAUUGUUUCUUAUUGUUUCAAUAACUUGAAAACAGGUGGAAAUGAAACAAUUGUUAAGCAAAAUCACUGAUUUAAAGACACUGCAAAAAAUACUCGACUGGUAAGUAUAAAAGGGAGACUCAUUAUGUUCUAAUUUUGUUGCUGUUUCAUUUUGAGACGAAAAAGAAAACAGGAAGUUAAAAACAAGACAAGAUUACAAAGCUGCUACUUACUGCUUGAGUACAAACAAUUAUUUACAUCUACUUCAUAUGCUAGAACUAUGACUAUACGAUACUUUAAUUUUUUGUUGUGUUUUAUCAGCUGCAUCUCUUUUUCUUCUUUUGUUCUUUGUCAUUUAUUUUGGCCUUACGCAAAAUCUAAACCUUAAAAAACACAAGUUUCUAAGCCUGAAAAUGACUCAUACGACUGAAAAACAAGAAGAUAAUUUUAUGAAAUCCUCCUACAGACUGGUCAGUAGUAGCUUAUUGCAGCACGUUUUCCACAGAAACAGAGAUACACGGGAACAUAACACCCAAAAGAAUUUUGAAACAGAAACCUGACUAUGAUGAAUCUCACUUUUUUAAGGCUGCUUUUAUUUGCACGUAUGUGCGACCAACAACAAAAACUGAUAGAAAUAGAUGUUGACCACACGUAAUACUGCACAUGUAGCCAAAAUGCACAUCGGUGGGUGUAUUUUUACCCCAACCCUAACCUUCACCCCACCCUACUUAUGUGCAAAAAGUCACUUCCUUUUUUCAAAUCUGUGAGAAAAUUUAACCACUGACAUCCUCACUUCUACAAACUUUUCUCCCUACUUGAAGUCAUGCGACAUAAUGAGAAAUUCAAUAGUUUUUGAAGUCAAAGUAGUUUUGGUUCAUCAGAGAAGGCUGCAGCUUUGUAGCGUCUAAGGUUUCUUGAUAACAUAGAAACCACAUCUUUUUUUGAGGGUUGAGGUUUAUGUAUACUGACGGGGUGUGAAAAUGGUGAUCAGCUGUAGUGAACCUUCUAUUUCCUCUUCACAUCAGUGGUCGCUUAUAUAUGAGACAAUUUCAAACCAUCACUUGAUGAAAGAUCCCAGCAUGAUGCAGAUGAACUCCAGUGUGCCGUCUUCCAAUGUCUCUCUAUCUCCAGGAAAUGUUGUCCUUCAUCCUUCCUGGGACUUUGAUGGUCUGGUACCUUCUGUGGUCUUGUCUUUCAGCUUUUUGUUAGGAGUCCCUGGAAACAUCGCUGUGCUUAUUUUCAGACCAAACUUCCAGCACCUGUCCUCUGUAAGCCAGAAACUGAUGUUGAACCUGGUGGUUUCAGAUCUUCUCUGCCUGCUCACUCUUCCAUUGUGGAUUUACAGUUUUAUCAACAUCUGGACAUUUGGACUGGUAGCUUGUAAGCUUCUCACCUUCCUCGUGUACUGCGGCAUAUAUGGCAGUCGACUGACUGUGACUGCUUUGAGCGUUCAGCGAUACUUGCUGGUGGUGCAUCAGAAGAAGUGGACACAUCAGACGGGAGUGACACUCCUGCUGGUUCUAUUGUGGCUGGUUUCCAUCAUACUUUCCAUCCAUGUUCUGGUGUUUCGACAGGUGACCACUGAUCAGAACAAAAACAUCUGUGAAUCUCAGUAUUCCUCAGAAGCUCAGUGGAUCACAGUGCUGCUGAUGGAAGGUCUGGUCGGAUUUACCAUCUUUUUUGUGAUAGUAUUUUCCUACGUCCGCCUCCAGAAGAAGGUGAAGCGGGCCACAUUUUUCAACAGUCCUCAGACAUCUCGGUUGAUCACCAGUAUCAUUAUGAGUCUUUUUGUUUUCUGGGUUCCAUAUCUGUUUCUCAAUCUGCUCUGUGCUGCAGCUAUUUUUUUACACAAUGAGGACAUUUUAAAACACAGUUUGACUGCUUUGUACACAGUUAAAGCCCUGCUUUUUGUGAACAGCUGCUUGAAUCCAGCCUUGUAUGCAUUUACUUCUCAUUUUUUUUGUUGCAAAAAGAGAUCUGAGUUUUCUAGUUGACUGCGUUCUAAACUUUACAUUUGGUCAGUGUUAGUAAUAAGAGACAGAGAAAAUAUUUCUGCUAAUUUUUUUUAGAAAUCGUAUUUUAGGCCAAAAAGUGUUUUCAUUGAAAUUUCCGUGUAAAUUUACUUUUUUGGUAUCACAGAGACAGAGCCCAAGUUUUUUCCACUAAGAUAUUGGUUUGCACAUAGGAAAUCGAACAUUAUCGAAUAUUAUUGUCAUGUUAAAGUAAAAGAUAUUGAUUGUAGUAAUCUUGAUACAACAAUCCUGUAUUUUAAUCCAUUUGUUUUUAUUUCCUUUGUUUGGGAAUAUUAUGAAUUUUUACAUUUGUCUUUUACAGACUUUUGAUGUAGGUCCAUGUAGUCAUAUCAACUUGAAUAUAUUUCCUGUGAAACAUUGAGUGUUGUUCUUUAGAGGCACAACUGCAGUAAUAUCUUUAUUACAAAUUCACAAUUCUGUCACUCAUUCCUGUAAUUGUUAUGUCGAUGUUAAUUCUUUGAAA